GAACGGGAGAGAUCCGGCUGGUUGGCGGGCUGUCAUAUGACGUAACGCCGCGCUACGACCUGAAGGUGACAGCUAAAGAUGGCGGCACGCCCCAGCUGAGCUCUACCAUGAUGCUUGUGGUGCACGUCCAGGCGGAGAACGACCACGGUCCCGUGUUCGACACCCUGACCUACCGCGUGGAGCUGAGGGAGAACACGCCGCUCAGCACACGCUUCCUACAGGUAUGUUCAGUAGAUUGUUCAACUAACUGUCAACAACAUUUCCACUAACUAUCCCUAACCGUAACCCCAGCAAGCUGUUAUGUAUCAACAGAGUUGCAGUUGAUAGGUUGCUGAUAGUUUGAGUAUCUGUAGAUCAUCUACAGGGGACUAUCCAAAUAAAGUGUAACCCUUUAUCGUCCCCAAGAGGGGGGAAAACUGUCUUGGAUACAAUUCUGCUGUAUAUAAGAAAAGGAUAUUGAGGGCAGGUUUCCCAGACCCAGACUACAGUAAUCCUACCCUGGAAUAAAAACAAUUUGAAUUUCCAUUGAAAGCGAUUUUGUUGUCCAAAAUAGGCUUCAUCUGUAUCCGGGAAACCGUCCCAAUAUCUGCUACACAUCAUGUAUACUGUUCAUCCACAGGUUGAAAGGGGAACAUUGUCUUGGACACAUUUUUCUGUAUAUAACAAUAGACAUAAUAUCUCACAUAUCAAACAGAACUGUCAGUUCUCUGAUGUUUUGGCUGUAUAUGUAUUUCUGAUUAAGUACUUAAUUCAUCCAUCUACAGGUGCGAGCUCUGAGCCGGGACACCACGGGUUCAGGCUCCUCCUCUCCACUGGCGUACCACCUGAGACCUGACGGAGACGCAGCAGGGUUUGGCAUCGCAGCAGACAGCGGCUGGCUGUUUGUGAAGAGCGCCCUGGACAGAGAGGUGAGGGACAUGUGACAGGAAGAUAUAGAAACUUGUCCAGACCCGCACACUGAAUGUUCCUGUGAACCACUUUGAUUGAUAUCGAUCAUGUAGAUCUUAUUCAUCUUGACAUUAGACUUCUUUAGAGGCCUGAAAACAUCUGACAAACUUUAAUUUAAAUGUAAUGUUUCUUUAAUGUGCGUCAAUUACCUUUGCCCAGGUGAAGGACAUGUACAUGUUGAUGGUUCUGGCCACAGUGGGCCACGGGCAGCUGAAGAAGACGGGCAGUGCUACGGUGAGGGUGUCGGUGACAGAUGAAAACGACAACUCACCCCGUUUGACCCAGGAGAGGGCUUUCCUGGCCGUGAGAGAGAACCUUCCGGCAGGGUCAGGGUUCGGACGGGUGUCGGCUAUGGACCGUGACUCAGGGCUCAACGGCAGGCUCAGUUACAGACUCCUACACCCAGACAGACACUUCCAGAUCAACUCACACACAGGUAGUUAAAAGACUGGUUAAUGAAAGGAAUACAAAAAGAUACACUGAGCGUACAGAACAUUAAGAACACCUUCCUAAUAUUUUCGCCUAAAAUGACAUACCCAAAUCUAACUGCAUGUAGCUCAGGACCUGAAGCAAGGAUAUGCAUAUUCUUGAUACCAUUUGAAAGGAAACACUUUGAAGUUUGUGGAAAUGUGAAAUUAAUGUAGGAGAAUAUAACACAUUAGAUCUGGUAAAAUAUAAUACAAACAAAAAAACAUGCGUUUUUUUUUUUUAAUGAUCUUUGAAAUGCAAGAGAAAGGCCACAAUUUAAUAUAGCAGUUUAGGCGCAAUUUAGAUUUUGGCCACUAGAUGGCAGCAGUGUGUGCAAAGUUUCAGAUUGAUCCAGUGAAGCAUUGAAAUGCUAUACUAUUUUUUAUCAAGUCUGCCCAAAUGUGCCAAAUUGGUCAAUUGAUACAUUUUCAAGUACAUAACUAUAGAGAACAUACAAAAAUGAUAUGGUAAUACAAAAUGUAAGUUUACACACUCCCAGGAAUGUCAUAUAUGAUGGAUCAUUAGAUGGCUGGGCGGGGUGGGUGUGGAGCCAGAGACAGCAAGGGUUCACACUGUAGAACCCAGUUCCUACAUUUGAAUAUAAAAAUGGAUUUAUCAAACAAAACUGUGCUACAGUUUAUCUCAGUUUGUCUCUGUGAAUGGUCUGUCCUCCGACAAAUCAACUGUACAUUUCGGUGUUCCUCAAGGUUCCGUUUUAGGACCACUAUUGUUUUCACUAUAUAUUUUACCUCUUGGGGAUAUUAUUCGAAAACAUAAUGUUAACUUUCACUGCUAUGCGGAUGACACACAGCUGUACAUUUCAAUGAAGCAUGGUGAAGCCCCAAAAUUGCCCUCGCUAGAAGCCUGUGUUUCAGACAUAAGGAAGUGGAUGGCUGAAAACUUUUUACUUUUAAACUCGGACAAAACAGAGAUGCUUGUUCUAGGUCCCAAGAAACAAAGAGAUCUUCUGUUAAAUCUGACAAUGAAUCUUGAUGGUUGUAAAGUCGUCUCAAAUAAAACUGUGAAGGACCUAGGCGUUACUCUUGACCCUGAUCUCUCUUUUGACGAACAUAUCAAGACUGUUUCAAGGACAGCUUUUUUCCAUCUACGUAACAUUGCAAAAAUCAGAAAUGUUCUGUCCAAAAAUGAUGCAGAAAAAUUAAUCCAUGCAUUUGUUACUUCUAGGUUAGACUACUGCAAUGCUCUAUUUUCCGGCUACCCGGAUAAAGCACUAAAUAAACUUCAGUUAGUGCUAAAUACGGCUGCUAGAAUCCUGACUAGAACCAAGAAAUUUGAUCAUAUUACUCCAGUGCUAGCUUCCCUACACUGGCUUCCUGUUAAGGCAAGGGCUGAUUUCAAGGUUUUACUGUUAACCUAUAAAGCGUUACAUGGGCUUGCUCCUACCUAUCUUUCCGAGUUGGUCCUGCCGUACAUACCAAUACGUACGCUACGGUCACAAGACGCAGGCCUCCUAAUUGUCCCUAGAAUUUCUAAGCAAACAGCGGGAGGCAGGGCUUUCUCCUAUAGAUCUCCAUUUUUAUGGAACAGUCUGCCUACCCAUGUGAGAGACGCAGACUCGGUCUCAACCUUUAAGUCUUUACUGAAGACUUAUCUCUUCAGUAGGUCAUAUGAUUGAGUGUAGUCUGGCCCAGGAGUGUGAAGGUGAACGGAAAGGCUGGAGCAACGAACAGCCCUUGCUGUCUCUGCCAGGCCGGUUCCCCUCUCCACUGGGGUUCUCUGCCUCUAACCCUGUUGCAGGGGCUGAGUCACUGGCUUGCUGGUGCUCUUUCAUGCCGUCCCUGGGAGGGGUGCGUCACUUGAGUGGGUUGAGUUACUGACGUGAUCUUCCUGUCUGGGUUGGCGCCCCCCCCCUGGUUUGUGCUGUGGUGGAGACCUCUGUGGGCUAUACUCGGCCUUGUCUCAGGAUUGUAAGUUGGUGGUUGGGGAUAUCCCUCUAGUGGUGCGGGGGCUGUGCUUUGGCGGAGUGGGUGGGGUUAUAUCCUUCCUGUUUGGCCCUGUCCGGGGGUUUCUUCGGAUGGGGCCACAGUGUCUCCGGACCGCUCCUGUCUCAGCCUCCAGUAUUUAUGCUGCAGUAGUUUAUGUGUCGGGGGGGCUGGGGUUAGUUGGUUAUACCUGGAGUACUUCUCCUGUCUUAUCCAGUGUCCUGUGUGAAUUUAAGUAUGCUCUCUCUAAUUCUCUCGUUCUCUCUUUCUCUCUGAGAACCUGAGCCCUAGGACCAUACGUCAGGACUACCGGGCAUGAUGACACCUUGCUGUCCCCAGUCCGCCUGGCCUUGCUGCUAUUCCAGUUUCAACUGUUCUGCCUGCGGCUACGAAACCCCUACCUGUCCCAGACCUGCUGUUUUCAACUCUUAAUGAUCGGCUAUGAAAAGCCAACUGAGAGACCUGAGCCCUAGGACCAUACGUCGGGACUACCGGCCGUGGUGACUCCUUGCUGUCCCCAGUCCGCCUGGCCUUGCUGCUAUUCCAGUUUCAACUGUUCUGCCUGCGGUUAUGGAACCCCUACCUGUCCCAGACCUGCUGUUUUCAACUCUUAAUGAUCGGCUAUGAAAAGCCAACUGAGAUUUAUUCCUGAUUAUUAUUUGACCAUGCUUGUCACUUAUGAACAUUUUUGAACAUCUUGGCAUGGUUCUGUUAUAAUCUCCACCCGGCACAGCCAGAAGAGGACUGGCCACCCCUCAUAGCCUGGUUCCUCUCUAGGUUUCUUCCUAGGUUUUGCCUUUCUAGGGAGUUUUUCCUAGCCACCGUGCUUCUACACCUGCAUUACUAGCUGUUUGGGGUUUUAGGCUGGGUUUCUGUACAGCACUUCGAGAUAUUAGCUGAUGUAAGAAGGGCUAUAUAAAAUAAAAUUGAUUGAUUGAUUGAUCUCUGGGACUCUCAGGAUGACAAAUCAGAGCAAGAUUACUGAAUGUAAGUACAUUAUUUAACUUAAGAGGUGAAUGUAUCAAGCCAGUUGCCGUGAUACGUUUUUUGUUGUUGUGCACUCUCCUCCAGCAAUAGCAUGGUAUUUUUAAGCUUUCUGCCCAUAUAAGACAUGUCUACGUCCUGGAAAGUUUGCUGUUACUUACAACAGUCAUGCUAAUCGCAUUAGCGCACGUUAGCUGAACCAUCCGGUGUACGGCCGUAGAUCCCGUAGAGGUUAAGAACUAAUCUGGCUACAAAGUUAGCUAGCUAGCUACCUGCCUGGCAUCACCGUGACCUCGACUUGGAGUUGGCGGGUGGCAUCUGACCGCGCUAACUAGUUAUACGUCAAUAAGUGGGCAGGAACUGGUCAUAUUUUAUGUAAAUCACGUGACUUUUCAGACAUUGCUGUGAAUGGACUGUCAAAUGUUAAAACAGAAAGAUUAUAGGCACUGAUUUGUGUGGCUGAAUUUUUAUGUAUAAUCAUCUCACGAUCGACUGGUUGGGCACCCCUGAUCUACACUGAUUGAAGUGGAUUUAACAAGUGACAUCAAUAAGGAAUCAUAGCUUUCACCUGGAUUCACCUUGUCAGUCUAUGUCAUGGAAAGAGCAGGUGUUCCUAAUGUCUUGUACACCAGUGGAGGAUGCUGAGGGGAGGACGAGCAAAUGGAAUGGCUGGAACGGAGAAAAUGGAAUGGCAUCAAACACAUGGAAACCAUGUGUUUGAUGUAUUUGAUACCAUUACACCAAUUCCACUCCAGCCAUUACCACGAGCAAGUCCUCCCCAAUUAAAGUGCCACCAACCUCCUGUGUUGUACACUUAGUGUAUAAUAACUUUAUAUUUACCACAGGAACUUCAGAUGUGGCAUUCAGAAUAGACACACAACACCACAACUUACAUGACCAUUCAUCCUCACUCAUUCUCCUACUGCAGAUGCCUGGCCUGUCUGUUCUCUGUGUUAAUAAAUCAGGUUAGCUGCUGUGUUGAGGGUCCUGCUGGGCCCUAAUUGGCCUGCUGUGAGACUGUGUGUAGCCUCUCGCCAGGGGCUGAUAACUCUAACCUCCACUGCAGCUGUUCAGGUUCCUGCCAUGCCUGUGUGUGUGUGUGUGUGUUAGUGUGUGUCUGUGUGCGUGUAUGUGUGUGUGUGUUUGUGGGUGCUUGCAUGUGUGUAUGUUUGUGUGUGAUCAAAGACUACUGGCUCUCCCUUUAAUUUCUCAUCAUUACUCCUCUCCCUCCUAUCUCUCUGACUCUCUCUCUCUCUCCCUCCCUCCUCCCUCCCUAUGUCCUCUCCCUCUCUCCCUCAGGUGAGAUCAGUACCCGUGUAGGUCUGGACAGGGAGCAGCAGAGUAGUUACCAGGUGUUGUUGGUGGUUCAGGAUGGAGGUACUCCCCCACGCAGCGCUACAGGGACAGCCUUCAUCACCAUCCUGGAUGAGAAUGACAACACUCCCUCCUUCAGACACAGCCAGCCUGGCAGAGGACUCACCAUGCAGGUAUUACUGAGGCUGCAUCCCAAAUGGCACCCUUUCCCUAUACUGUACGCUACUUUUGACCAGAGCCCUUAGGGCAUGGUCUUACAUGAUAUGUUAGUGGUCAACGUUGAGAAGAAAACGAAGUCACCUUGUGGUUUCCUUCUGUAGGUGACGGAGGGCCAGGCGUCAGGUCUACUGCUGGGGAAAGUACAGGCCAAGGACCCUGAUGAGGGAGAGAACGGCACUGUUUACUACUCCAUGUCAGGUGAGAGGGAUGGAAGACGGGAGAGAGAGAGGGAGAGAGGGAGGGGAUUGUGUGUAAGUUAAUGAUUCUGCCAUUGGGUGAUUAUGUGAGGAAUGCAUUGUUUUCUUCUGGCAUUGUUUCCAAAAGGAACUCUGUGUAACAAUUUAUAGCUGGACUUCUCACUCUCUCUCACUCUCUCUUUUUUUAUCCCUCCCUCCCUCCCUCCCUCCCUCCCUCCUCUACAGGUCCCAGAGCAGAGCGCUUCUCUCUGAACCCUACUACAGGUGAACUGCGUUCCUCCUCUCCUCUGAGUCGCUCUGACAGAGCUGAGUACAGCUUCACUGUGACUGCCACUGACCGAGGUCAGCCCUCUCACAGCACUACCUGUUCACUACACAUACAGGUGAGACCCCUACCUCAGACUGCUAUCUCCUACAUCAUAUACCCUAUCUCCUAUCACCUACCACCUUUCUUCUCACAGAUUUAGCUGUAUCCUAAUCAUAAAGGUCUGAAAACUACUAGAUCAUAGCCAACACCUAUCUAUCAAAUAUCCCACAUUUAACUAAAGUACUGGGAGAAGUACUAUGUCAAGCUUGCUCUAGAUGUGGAUCUAGAAGUCUGGCUCCUCACAACAAAGUUGUUCCAAAUAGACGUGCCAGGCUGAGUUCUGACAAACUUCCUUCCCUCCCUCCUUUUCUUUCUUCCAUCCCUCCUCUCCCUCCAUCCCUCCCUCCCUCCUCUCCCUCCCUCCCUCCCUCCCUUCUCCUCCUCUGUGACUUUUCAAAAUGGGAAUUUCUCUUUGAGUAAGAGAUGGAAAACUAGGUAUGAAUCAAGUGCUCCCAUCUUGCCCAUGAUGAUCACCAGCUGUGAUUCCUCUGAUCAAGGCCAUACUGAAUGACUUCAACACUUUUAAUACAGUAGCCUCACUUCAAUACGACACCGCCUGGGAUAUGCACCCACAUAAAAUAUACCAUUCAAGUUAAUUUAAUUAAUAUUUAAUAUACAACUAAACAGUGACCAACCAGGCCAGCACAAUGGAAGGAACUCUGUAGCUGUAAAUCCAAAGUGCGUCCCUAAUGACACCCUAUUCCCUAUAUAGUGCACUACUUUUGACCAGUGCCCUAUGUAGGGAAUAGGGUGCCAUUUGGAACGCAGAUCUUUAAGGUUCCAGGAAAAUAGAAGGGUCUUGUAAUGGCUGCAGUAAAACAGCGUCUCUGUGUUCCUUAUUUCUAAAAAAAUUUCCUUCCCUCAUUUCUCCUGUUCUUCUGACGUGAAGAAUAUGAGUAAUAAUUAGUGUGUAAUAGGAUUCAACAGGGCUGUGUUGUUCUUGUCUGUUGAUGCAUUUCUAUCACGCCAUCAUUUCAGACCCUCGCACCAUCCAAGACAAGUACAGCAAUAGGGACAGGGUAUGAUCUCACAAAUUCUAACGCUUGUUGACAUACAAUUUGCCAUCUAAUGUGGAGUUAAUUAACAGAUAUUAUGUUUCAUAAAGAGCAAUGGGUUGUUUAGUGACUACCAACAUAGUGGUGCUGUAUAGUGUAACUGUGGUUUAUCGAGGUAUUGUAGGUUGUAAUUAAUUAAGCAUCAGCAAGGAUUUGUUGAGGAGAAAAAUGGAGAAGCGCACAAAACUAUUUUCUUUCUGCUUGUCUUGCUGUCUCUCUAUCUCUCUUUCUCCUGGUCUAACUCCCUCACUUUCAUUCAUUUAUUCAGUCAUUCUCUCGCUCUCUCUCUCUCUCUCACUCUCUCAGAUAUUUAAACCCUGUGACUCCAUCCCCUGCUUAGAGCUGAACUGAAAAACAGGCUUAUUAGAACAAUGUGUCAUAUGUUUAACUUCUGGUGCCUGUUUCCAUACAAAGGGAGCGUUGCGUCAAAGCUGUGGUCUUUCAUGUUCUUCUGAUUGGUCAUCAAGGGAGGUGUAAAAACUCAGUACUGUAGACUACCGAGCCCCGCCUACUGCAGUGAGAUCUGAAAACUCAUUACAAUUUCCUUUUCUGAUUAUGUUGACUUUUAUCCCUUAUUAUUUUUCCUGGCAGUGACAUGCCUAUCUGAUUAAAUGUGAUUAGCGCUAGCAGGCAUGUUGUUGGAGUUUAUAAAAAACUCUUAAAGCGUUCCGUUUAUUUUAUUCCCAAUGAGGAAAUAGAGUGGGUGGGUAGAAAUCUGUUUCAGGUUAACAGCGUCCCAUUGAAUAUUUUGAUUCUUUAGCAUUGUAUUGGAAAAUGUAGCUCCAACUGCCACUAGGCAUGUAUAAUGGUCAUUUUUAGACACAUAGCGUGAGUCUGCUGAGUGUUGAUGUUCAGCUAUCUUGCUAAAUGGAUUAUCAUUAACUGUCAGGAUUUUCAUAGUUGCUAAUAAUGUUCCUCAAUGGUUAACAGAUUGUUUGAAGAUCCCAGUUAUAAGAAACAUUGAUUAGCUAGCUACUAAUUUUGUCCUCCAGCCGGCUCUCGCAAUUUAACCUGGUAAUGAGUUAGCUAGCUACAAACCUUUAACACCAAUAUAUUGAUGAUAUACAGUGCCUUCGGAAAGUAUUCAGACUUCUUGACUUUUUCAACAUUUUGUUACGUUACAGCCUUAUUCUAAAAUGGAUAAAACAUGAUAAAAAAAAUUAUCUCAGCAAUCUACACACAAUACCCCAUAAUGACAAAGCGAAAACAGAUUUUUUGAAAUUUUUGCAAAUGUAUAAAAAUUAAAAACAGAUAUACCUUAUUUACAUAAGUAUUCAGACCCUUUGCUAUGAGACUCAAAAUUGAGCUCAGGUGCAUCCUGUUUCCAUUGAUCAUCCUUGAGAUGUUUCUACAACUUGAUUGGAGUCCAUUUGUAGUAAAUUAAAUUGAUUGGACAUGAUUUGGAAAGGCACACACCUGUAUAUAUAAGGUCCCACAGUUGACAGUGCAUGUCAGAGCAAGAACCAAGCGAUGAGGUCGAAGGAAUUGUCCGUAGAGCUCUGAGACAGGAUUGUGUCGAGGCACAGAUCUGGGGAAGGGUACCAAAACAUUUAUACAGCAUUGAAGGUCCCCAAGAACACAGUGGCCUCCAUCAUUCUUAAACGGAAGAAGUUUGGAACCACCAUCUUCCUAGAGCUGGCCGCACGGUCAAAGUGAGCAAUCGGGGGAGAAGGGCCUUGGUCAGGGAGGUGAUCAAGAACUUGAUGGUCACUCUGACAGAGCUCUAGAGUUCCUCUGUGGAGAUGGGAGAACCUUCCAGAAGGACAACCAUCUCUGCAGCACUCCACCAAUCAGGCCUUUAUGGUAGAGUGGCCAGACGGAAGCCACUCCUCAGUAAAAGGCACAUGAUGGCCCGCUUGGAGUUUGCCAAAAGGCCCCUAAAGACUCUAAGACCAUGAGAAACAAGAUUCUCUGGUCUGAUGAAACCAAGAUUGAACUCUUUGGCCUGAAUGCCAAGCGUCACGUCUGGAGAAAACGUGGCUCCGUCUCUACGGUGAAGCAUGGUGGCAGCAGCAUCAUACUGUGGGGAUAUUUUUCAGCAGCAUGGACUGGGAGACAAGUCAGGAUCGAGUCAAAGAUGAACGGAGCAAAGUACAGAGAGAUCCUUGAUGAAAACCUGCUCCAGAGCGCUCAGGACCUGAGACUGGGGCAAAGGUUCACCUUCCAACAGGACAACCACCGUAAGCACACAGCCAAGACAACGCAGGAGUGGCUUCAGGACAAGUCUCUGAAUGUCCUUGAGUGACCCAGCCAGAGCCUGGACUUGAGGCCGAUCGAACAUCUCUGGAGAGACCUGAAAAUAGCUGUGCAGUGAUGCUCCCCAUCCAACCUGACAGAGCUUGAGAGGAUCUGCAGAGAAGAAUGGGAGAAACUCCCCAAAUACAGGUGUGCCAAGCUUGUAGCGUCAUACCCAAUAAGACUCGAGGCUGUAAUCGCUGCCAAAGGUGCUUCAACAAUGUACUGAGUAAAGGGUCUGAAUACUUAUGGAAAUGUGAUAUUUCUGUUUUGUUUUUUUAUAUAUUAGCUAAAAUGUCUAAUAUCCUGUUUUUGCUUUGUCAUUAUGGGGUAUUGUGUGUAGAUUAAUGAGGGGAAAAAAACAAUUUAAUCAAUUUUAGAAUAAGGCUGUAACGUAACAAAAUGUAGGAAAAGUCAAGGGGUCUGAAUACUUUCUGAAUGUCUAUAGGUCCUGAGUGGUGUAUUGAGGAUAUACAGUAUGCUUACCAAAUCUCCAUCUUGCUGUCCACAGGUCCUGAGUGCGAGCAGAGCUCCUUCCAAAGCCAACCCCCUCUCCAUAUACUUCAACUCCGUCGAGGAGGCCAAACCGGGCUCUGUGAUUGGCUCUGUGAGGUCACAUGACGGCUUCGAGCUCCCUGAGGAUGGUCACGUGACCUACACGUUGGUGGGCGGGUCAGACCGAGACGGAACGUUCAUGGUGGACCGUCAGACAGGUGACGUGUACCUGACAAGGGAGCUGGACUACGAGCGCUCCGCCCGCUACACAUUACAGAUAGAGGUGGACGACUUCUCCACAACGUUACCCAGCAGCCACCUGGUGCAGCUGGACAUCGAGGUGGAGGACAGCAACGACCACGCGCCCCGCUUCCCGGAGGACCCCGUAACCUUGGUGAUACCUGAGAACAUGGAGCCUGGGGCGACCAUCUACACCUUCCAGGCUUCGGACCAGGACGGAUCAGGGCCCAACAGCCUGCUGACCUACUCCAUCCUGCACCAGGUAGGGUUAGGAGGUUAGGGUUAGGACACACAGGUUAGAGAAGCAAAUCAGUAACAGGAACGUUGCUGUUUCAAAUUCUAGACCGGUCGUGAAAAUUGGAGAUGAACUCACUGGCAACUAGACCAUCUCCUGCCGUUGUGCUCUUUAGCAAGGCACUUAACCACAUAAAGUAGCAGUUUAGGGAGUAGAGCAGAAUAAUGAUUUAUAUCUCUGCAGAUGGACUAAUAAAGUUAUAUUCUCUUCUCCUCUGUUUCAGUACUCUGGACCAAUAAAGUUAUAUUGUAUUCGACUCUGUUCCAGUACCCUGGACUAAAAACGUUAUAUUCAAUUCUGCUCUGUUCCAGUACCCUAGAUUGAUCAAGUUAUAUUUAAUUCUACUAUGUUCCAGUACCCUGACCUCCCAGACCUCCUGACCCUUCACCCUUCCACUGGCGUCCUGACCCUUGCGCAGGAACUGGACCAUGAGGUCACUUCUUCCCUCAUCCUGGUCGUCCAGGCGACAGACUCCGCCCUGAACGCCAGCCAACAGCGCUGGGGCUCGGUGACGGCGAGGGUGUUUGUGACAGACGAGAACGACAAUGCUCCAGUGUUUAGCUCGCCUUCCGCGGUCAGCGUCAUGGAGGACCAGCCUGUGGGCUUCGUGGUUCUCUACGUCGUGGCGCGAGAUGCCGACCAGGGGGAGAACGGACGGGUCAGCUACUUCAUCGAGACUGGGAACGCUGGAGGGACGUUCAGCCUCAACCUUAAUACUGGUGGGUCAUUUAAACAACUCCUAGUGUAAUGGAAGUGGUUUGGUGAACCACGCUCACAGAAAAGGUAACCUUGUCUGAGACCAGGAGACUUUUGUCAGCUCCCCAAGCUAAUGCCUAGGCUUUAGCUCAGCUGGAUAACACAGCCUUGUGGCAUGCAGACGACCGGGUUCAAACCCGGUCGGUAACACUGGCAUACGUUAUUGUUUUCUCACGAGAGCAAUCAUUUUGUUGCUAGCUGUGCUGUAAACACAUGCUGUGAUGUCAGAAGGCCAUUGGUACCAUAUUCCAAGCUUGCAUGUGGUUGGGUAUGUGAGAGAGUCUCAUAAGGUUCAACCUAUAAUCAGGCCCCAGCACAGUUAAAACAGUAUAAACAGGGAAGUGUGAAUAGAUGUCGUGUGAGAGACGAAUCAGAGUUAACGAAGUUACCCCAGUGCAUUGCGUAGGCAUGCCUACCUGAGCACUAAACCCUACCACCACCAACACUGCUGCUGCUGUAACAACCACCACCACUGUAAGUAACGAUCCAGCUAUCUGGCUGCAGUUUAACAACUUUUUCCACAGCAGAAGGCCGCAGCGAGGAGAGGCUGGCAGUAAACACACACUGCUAGACACGCAACUGGCAGGGCUGCCGUGCUGCGCUGAGAUUACGCACACACACAGACACACAUACACACCAGGCCUGCCGUGCAUCGCUGAGAUUAGGGCUUCCCUCUCCUUCUCAUUACCUGGCCCUGGGAGCAGAGCAGAGAGAGGGCACAGCACUGACUCCAUUUCGAUUUCAUGGUUAAAUGAGCCGCAACCGUCAAAGAGAGAGUGAGGCAGGAGGGGAUGGGAGGAGGGGGGUUGUGUUGGUUCUGUUUUGGGGUUUGUUGUUUUCUCUCUGUAUCUCCGUACUCUGAGAUAACUUGCCCCUGAGCCUUUAGUAUGGUCAGAGUUAGUGGCUGGAAUAGUUUCAGCCGCUGUGACUCCUCAGUGAUCCCGUCCUAAGCCUGGUCACUAAUAACACAUGGGUAAGAGGAGGGGGGAUCGAGGAGAGAGAGAGAGAGAGAGAGAGAGAGAGAGGAAAGAGGAGAGAGGAGAGGGGGGAGGGGGGCAGAGAGGGCAGGGAAGGGGACCACGAGAAAGAGAGAGAGAGAUAGAGAGGGGGGGCAGGUGAGAGAGAGAGAGAGAGAGAGAGGAUGGAGGAGGCGAGAGAGAGAGAGGAGAGAGAGAGAGAGAGAGGGAGAGGAGGAGAGAGAGAGGAGAGAGAGAGAGAGAGAGAGAAAGAGAGAAACAUGGAAAACAUAUUUUGGAUGUUUCCAAUUCCAGUCUCUUUGGUUUACGUAGUGUUGUACUGUAUAUGUAUGGUUGUAUUAGAGUAGAGCCGUCACAGUUCUGAAGACUGGGGUGAACUAAGGUAAAGAUGUUUCCUUGCUCUCACAUGUUUCUUCUCAUGUUAGACAUUCUAUUAGUUUCUUCUAUUAAUCGGAUUAGUCUAGGGAACAGCGUCGUCUUACACAAGUUGAUAAAAAAGAACAAGAAAAAAACUUUCAGGGGCGGAUUCUCAGACCUAGAUUAAGCCAACACCUGGACCAAAGGUGUUCCCAAAUGGAGAGGCUUAGUCCAGGAGUUGACUGGGAUUAAUCUGGGUCAGGGAAACUUGACACAUAGUUUGAUUAUUUAAUAUUUCCAUUGAGCCUGGUGGAGGGGGAAAGAACCCCUAAUAGAGUUAGGAGACACCCAUCCUCCACCCAGAAGGAUUCAAGGUUACCAUGAUCUGUACUAGGCUUCUCCUACACAUAGCUCUGUUGUGGUGGUGUAAUGGGAACAUAACCAAAACAGAAUGUGUAGAGAUGGGACCAUUUCUCCUGUCAUCGUAGACCCUGGCCUGGGCUGGUGGACAGGAUAGGAUAGGAGCAGACCAGGUGGUCAGAGGAUUAACUCAUGACAUUAACUGUCAUUAUACUGACUAAUUACCUGCAUGGCUGGAACCAGUUCAAGAUGGGCACCACACACACACACACACAUGCGUGCGCACACACACACACUCACAUAUACUGGAACCAGAUCAAGAUGGCCGCCCUCUCUCUGUGACACACCUGAUAGAUCUUGACAGCUUCCUGUUUCUAUCCCCUCGGCCGACCAGGGGAUUCCUUGGUUCCUGAUUGGUGGGGCGGUGGGGGAGGGGUGGAGCCAGGGUCAACGUGUGUAUCACACACCACAACAAAGCCCAGAAGAACAAAAUACCAAAUAUUGUGCGUGUGUGUGGGUGUUAUCAAAGUGAACACACACACACACACACACACAUGCAGUUCUAAUCGCUACUUUAAUGGUUCCCAGCAGUCUGAGGUUGGGGUUCUUUGGUGUUUUGUUUCUGCCUUUCAUGGGAAUAGAUCCACACACACACACAGAUGACUGGGUGGACAGGGUGGGUGGGUGUGUGUAAGUAAGUAAGUAAAGCUCUUGGCAAGGAGCAGCGCUUGGCCUCCGACGGAGAGGGAGGAAUGACUGGUAAAUAUGAAUCUAGCAGAGAAGUGACGCUAGCAGUGAAAGCUGAAGCUAGCAGAGUUGUGAAGCUUGCAGUGCAAGUUGAAGCUAGCAGAGUGUUGGAGCUAGCAGUGAAAGUUGAAGCUAGCAGAGUGUUGGAGCUAGCAGUGAAAGUUGAAGCUAGCAGUGAAAGUUGACACUAGCUGAGGGUUGGAGCUAGCAGUGAAAGUUGAAGCUAGCAGUGUGUUAAAGCUAGCUGUGAAAGUUGAAGUUAGCAGAGAAGUGAAGCUAGCAGUAGAAGUUGAAGCUAGCAGAGUUGUGCUGGACUAGAGAGCACUGGGACCUUUCACAGGGUGUGACUGCAUACUAGGUAGGGAGAGGGACUGGCUGAGGCUGCGUCCCAAAUAGCACCCUGCAUCCCAACUAAGUUCACUGCAUCCCAACUAAGGUCAACAUUCACAAAGCCGCAGGGCCAGACGGAUUACCAGGACGUGUACUCCGAGCAUGCGCUGACCAACUGGCAAGUGUCUUCACUGACAUUUUCAACCUCUCCCUGUCUGAGUCUGUAAUAACAACAUGUUUCAAGCAGACCACCAUAGUCCCUGUGCCCAAGAACACUAAGGUAACCUGCCUAAAUGACUACAGACCCGUAGCACUCACGUCUGUAGCCAUGAAGUGCUUUGAAAGGCUGGUCAUGGCUCACAUCAACACCAUUAUCCCAGAAACCCUAGACCCACUCCAAUUUGUAUACCGCCCCAACAGAUCCACAGAUGAUGCAAUCUCUAUUGCGCUCCACACUGCCCUUUCACACCUGGACAAAAGGAACACCUAUAUGAGAAUGCUAUUCAUUGACUACAGCUCAGCCUUCAACACCAUAGUGCCCUCAAAGCUCAUCACUAAGCUAAGGACCCUGGGACUAAACACCUCCCUCUGCAACUGGAUCCUGGACUUCCUGACGGGCCGCCCCCCAGGUGGUAAGGGUAGGUAACAACACAUCCGCCACGCUGAUCCUCAACACAGGGGCCCCUCAGGAGUGCGUGCUCAGUCCCCUCCUGUAGUCCCUGUUCACUCAUGACUGCAUGGCCAGGCACGACUCCAACACCAUCAUUAAGUUUGCCGAUGACACAACAGUGGUAGGCCUGAUCACCGACAACGACGAGACAGCCUACAGGGAGGAGGUCAGAAACCUGGCCGUGUGGUGCCAGGACAACAACCUCUCCCUCAACGUGAUCAAGACAAAGGAGAUGAUUUUGGACUACAGGAAAAAGAAGAGGAUCGCGCACACCCCCAUUCUCAUCGACGGGGCUGUAGUGGAGCAGGUUGAGAGCUUCAAGUUCCUUGGUGUCCACAGCACCAACAAACUAACAUGGUCCAAGCACACCAAGACAGUUGUGAAGAGGGCACGACAAAACCUAUUCCCCCUAAGGAGACUGAAAAGAUUUGGCAUGGGUCCUCAGAUCCUCAAAAGGUUCUACAGCUGCACCAUCGAGAGCAUCCUGACUGGUUGCAUCAAUGCCUGGUAUGGCAACUGCUUGGCCUCCACAAGGCACUACAGAGGGUAGUGCGUACGGCCCAGUACAUCACUGGUGCCAAGCUUCCUGCCAUCCAGGACCUCUAUACCAGGUGGUGUAAUUGUCAAAGACUCCAGCCACACUAGUCAUAGACUGUUCUCUCUGCUACCGUACGGCAAGCGGUACCGGAGCGCCAUGUCUAGGUCCAAGAGGCUUCUAAACAGCUUCUAAGACUCCUGAACAUCUAAUCAAAUGGCUACCCAGACAUCUAAUCAUAUUUUUUUUAUGCUGCUGCUACUCUCUGUUUAUUAUCUAUGCAUAGUCACUUUAAUAAUUCUACCUACAUGUACAUAUUACCUCAAUUACCUCGACUAACCGGUGCCCCCGCACAUUGACUCGGUUCCGGUACCCCCUCUAUAUAGCCUCGCUAUUGUUAUUUUUACUGCUGCCCUUUAAUUAUUUUUUACUUUUAUUUUGUAUUAUUUUAUAUUGUAUUUUUUUGGUAUUCUUUCUUAAAACUGCAUUGUUGGUUAAGGGCUUGUAAGUAAGCAUUUCACUGUAAGGUCUACACCUGUUGUAUUCGGCGCAUGUGACAAAUAAUAUUUGAUUUUAUUACUUUUGACCAGGGUCCAUAAGGACCUCUCCACUCCCUAGGAUCUCUCUUCAUCCUUUAAUCUGUAUCUUCUUCUCUCCUCCACCCCAGGCUCCCUCUCUAACCCCUUCUCCUCUCCUCCACCCCAGGCUCCCUCUCUAACCCCUUCUCCUCUCCUCCACCCCAGGCUCCCUCUCUAACCCCUCUCCUCUCCUCCACCCCAGGCUCCCUCUCUAACCCCUUAUCCUCUCCUCCACCCCAGGCUCCCUCUCUAACCCCUCUCCUCUCCUCCACCCCAGGCUCCCUCUCUAACCCCUUAUCCUCUCCUCCACCCCAGGCUCCCUCUCUAACCCCUCUCCUCUCCUCCACCCCAGGCUCCCUCUCUAAAUCCUCUCCUCUCCUCCACCCCAGGCUCCCUCUCUAACCCCUCUCCUCUCCUUCACCCCAGGCUCCCUCUCUAACCCCUUAUCCUCUCCUCCACCCCAGGCUCCCUCUCUAACCCCUCUCCUCUCCUCCACCCCAGGCUCCCUCUCUAAAUCCUCUCCUCUCCUCCACCCCAGGCUCCCUCUCUAACCCCUCUCCUCUCCUUCACCCCAGGCUCCCUCUCUAACCCCUUCUCCUCUCCUCCACCCCAGGCUCCCUCUCUAACCCCUCUCCUCUCCUUCACCCCAGGCUCCCUCACUAACCCCUUCUCCUCUCCUCCACCCCAGGCUCCCUCUCUAACCCCUUAUCCUCUCCUCCACCCCAGGCUCCCUCUUUAACCCCUCUCCUCUCCUCCACCCCAGGCUCCCUCUCUAACCCCUUCUCCUCUCCUCCACCCCAGGCUCCCUCUCUACCCCCACUUCUCUCCUCCACCCCAGGCUCCCUCUCUACCCCCCACUUCUCUCCUCCACCCCAGGCUCCCUCUCUACCCCCACUUCUCUCCUCCACCCCAGGCUCCCUCUCUACCCCCACUUCUCUCCUCCACCCCAGGCUCCCUCUCUAACCCCUUCUCCUCUCCUCCACCCCAGGCUCCCUCUCUACCCCCACUUCUCUCCUCCACCCCAGGCUCCCUCUCUACCCCCACUUCUCUCCUCCACCCCAGGCUCCCUCUCUACCCCCACUUCUCUCCUCCACCCCAGGCUCCCUCUCUAACUCCGCUCCUCUACUUUUCCAGGUUCUCUCUCUAUCCUGAAGCCCAUCGACCGGGAGGAGCAGGACCUGUUCAACCUGACCAUCGUAGCCCAGGACCACGGGGUACCAGUACUCUCGUCCAGCCAGCUGCUGUCUGUCCAGGUUAUCGAUGUGAAUGACGAGGUGCCCUGGUUCCAGGAGAACCAGUACCAAGCCCAGAUUACAGAGAACCAGCCUGCAGGAACCACUGUUCUGGUGGUGUCGGCCUCCGACCUGGACCAAGGUGAGAGAUGCUAGGCUUGAGCUCAGUGGGCUAACACAGGAGAUCCAGUCGUUACAUACAUAGUGUACAGUACUGACAAGCACAUAAGACUGCAUUGCCCUCAUCAUAUACUAUAUGUUAUGGUGGCUUUCUUUAUGGCAUAGUAAUAUACAAAGUACAUAUGAUGACACACAGUUCUUCUACGUAUUUGCUGUACUGUUUCUUAAACAAAAUAGAACUCAGUGUCAGCCAGCAGAGCCUGUUGUUCUAAGUGUUGAUCCUCCAUGUGUUCAACGCAUGUUCACAUCAUCAGCUUCACCAGUAACAGUUGGUUUUAAUUGAAGACCGUGCUGAGGGAUGGUGAGUGUGUGUGUGUGUGUGUGUGUGUGUGUGUGUGUGUGUGUGUCUGUGUGUGUGUGUGUGUGUGUGUGUUCACAUUCCCCUGGAGUUAGUCAAGAGCACAUAACCCAGAAGGAUUAUAAAGUUUCUCUCCAGGGUGAUUAGUGGGGUAAGGUGAUGGUGCCAGAGUCUUUCACUGUUAGCACGCUAUCACACAACACACACACACACACACACUCAAUCUCCCAGCCUCCGCCCGCCUGGUGCAGCCCAGCCAACCGCUUACACAGCAAAACCAACUACAAACAAAUGAAAACAGGAAUGCUGCUGUGUUUGCUCUUUCUUCGCAAACACUUAUUUGCGAAUGUUUUCAGUGCCCGGGGGUAGAGUGGGUUGAAAGUAUAACAUGACUGAAUGGAAUAGGACUCUGCCGGCCCAACACCCUAUGAAAAGUGAUGUCCAUUUGACUUGCACAGCCGGCUCCAAUCCUUCUCCCUACCACUUCCCCUUGGCCCUAACCCUUUGAUGUUUGCAAACUGUAUCUGUAAGAUGGAAGCAGUAUGGUGGAAGCUCCACCACUACUACGGUGUUUAGACCUACCCAGACCCUUCAGAUCUUCAGAACAUUGAAGGGUAAGGGUCAAGGGGAUGGUGUAGGGUGCGGAUUGGAAGCCACUGACAGAUAGUAUUAGGGUUUGACUUCAUAUGCUUCUUCUCUCUCUUUCUUUUUCUUUCUGUCUCUCUCUCUCUCCAGGUACCAAUGGCCAGUUGACAUAUGGAGGCAUCUCUGAGGAGGGUUUCAGCAUUCACCCAGCUACAGGUGUUAUAACCACCACUAAAGCCCUGGACAGAGAGGAACAGGAACAAUAUACACUGACAGGUAACUGGCUCUGACCAUAACAUCUAACCCUGACCCCUGACCCUUAACCUGUAACCCCUCAGCCUAACUCCUGGCCCUAACCCUGAUCCUUAUCCCUGACCCUUAAUCCUAAUCCUAACCACUAAAACAGUUAACUGGCCCUUUAUAUGAGUAACACACAACAUUCCAAACUGGCCAUGUUUUUAUAGUUCUGAUUUGAUGGGAUACAUGAGUGGUACAAUGAUAAUGUUGGUAUUAUUUUCUCAGUUUUUCUUAAAUAUCUCUAGGAAACACAAUAUGGUUUAGUUAAUAAAUAUAUAACGAACACUUUUAGACUGCUGAAGCUUUGUUUAAUUCCUAAUCUUCCCUUUUGUCCAGUGUAUGCCCGAGACGGUGGCGUGCCUCCUAACUUUGCCCGGGCAUCAGUGAGGAUCCGGGUGUUGGAUGAGAAUGACAACGCCCCAGCGUUCAGUAGACUGUACUACAGCCUGGAGGUGCCUGAGAACAUGGAGGCUGUUGAGCUGUUCACUCUCAGAGCUACUGACCUGGACACUGGGGACAGCGGAGAGAUGACCUACAAGAUUACAGGUAAGAGCCAACUACUUGUAGAUCCCAGGAGUCCAAUUGAAUUCAUAAUUUACUGAUUGAUUGAUCCAUUGAUCGCAAUGUUGUGAGAUUUACCUUUCAUCUUCUGUUUCUCCCACUUUCUCCCUCCCUCCUCUAGCUGGCGACCCAUCAGGUGACUUCUGUAUGGACAGGAAGUCAGGUGUUCUCUCCACCUCCAGACCGCUGGAUAGGGAACGUAGGGCCAGGUACAGUCUGACAGUGACAGCCCUUGACGGGGGCUCUCCGGCCCUGAGCAGCACAGCCACAGUAGAGGUCACGCUCCUGGAUGUCAACGACCACAGCCCCCAGUUCACCAGCCCCAGCUACACCGCUGACCUCCCUGAGGACGUUCCUAUUGGCUCCCUAGUGCUGGAGGUCUCUGCUACUGACCUGGACGAAGGGUCUAACAGCCAGGUACACAGACUGAACUCAUAGGUUGCGUCCCAAAUGGCACCCUAGUCCCUACAUAGUGUACUACUUUUGACUAGAGCCUUAUGCCUCCUGAGCCCCCUUAAGUUUUGCCAAAUGUAGCAUAACACUUUUGCCACCCUUUAUGAAAUUUUGCUAACAAAAGGAAGCCAUCUAUCUAGACCUUCAAAGGGUUAAUUAAGGCUUCAUUAAACCUAACAGUGAUUUUAUCUAAUCUACUAUAAUCUGUUCUAAUCCCAGGUGCUAUACUUCCUGUCGCGUGGUUCAAAGGGCAUGUUCAUCAUUGACCAGCACACGGGACAUGUCAUUACCGCCGCUCCGCUCGACCGGGAACGAACCGCGUCGUACACUUUCGAUGUCUGCGCCAUAGACUCGUCCCCCGCCAGCCCUCGCAACUCCACCGCCACGGUCAACGUGUAUGUACAGGACGUGAACGACAACGCUCCAUUCUUCAUCCAGGACCCCCUGGUCAUGAACAUCUCUGCCUCCAGGUAGGUUUACUAGAGGUUAGCGAAGCAGGACAACAACAGGAAGUUUGCCGGUUCGAAUCCCAUGUCUGACAGGGAAGAAUCUGUUUUGGAGUGGGCUUGCAUCCGGAGGAUUUAUCUGUACAGUUUUGUCUUUCACAUGUCUUCUUUGUUGCGUGCCAUCACCUGCUGUUGUGUGUCUUAGAUGCCAUCACCUACUGUUGUGCCCUUGAGCAAGGCACGUAACCCCUAAACUGCUAAACGGGCAUAGUAGUAUGGCUGCCCUCUGCUCCAACCUCCCUCUGUAUGUGUCUUUCGGAGGGGUUAGAAUAAAAGCAGAAGAAGUUUUAGUUGGACAUCCAUGUACAGGAAUUUUUGUAAUUAUAAUAAUAUUCUUGUUCUUGUUCUUCUUCUCCAGUGUCUCCUCUCAUCGCGUCCUGGCCACCAUGCGGGCGGAGGACCGUGAUUUUGGGGCCAACGGCUCAGUGUUCUACCGCUUCGCCAGCCCUGUCCGGGGCUUCACCAUCAACUCUCUGACUGGGGACAUCCAGGUAUUGUUACAUUAUUAAUCAGGGUAUUUACAGUGCCUUGCAAAAGUAUUCAUCCCCCUUGGCAUUUUUCCUAUUUUGUUGCAUUAUAACCUGUAAUUUAAAUGGAUUUUUAUUUGGAUUUCAUGUAAUGGACAUGCACAAAAUAGUCCAAAUUGGUGAAGUGAAAUGAAAAAAAGUACUUGUUUAAAAAAAUUCAAAAAAAUAAAUAAUGGAAAUGUGGUGGCAUAUGUAUUCACCGCCUUUGCUAUGAAGCUCCUAAAUAAGAUCUGGUGCAACCAAUUACCUUCAGAAGUCACAUAAAUAGUUAAAUAAAGUCCACCUGUGUGCAAUCUAAGUGUCACAUGAUCUGUCACAUGAUCUCAGUAUAUAUGCACCUGUUCUGAAAGGCCCCAGAGUCUGCAACACCACUAAGCAAGGGGCACCACCAAGCAAGCGGCACCAUGACGACCAAGGAGCUCUCCAAACAGGUCAGGGACAAAGUUGUGGAGAAGUACAGAUCAGGGUUGGGUUAUAAAAAAAAAACGGAAACUUUGAACAUCCCAUGGAGCACCAUUAAAUCCAUUAUUAAAAAAUGGAAAGAAUAUGGCACCCCAACAAACCUGCUAAGAGAGGGCCGCCCACCAAAACUCACGGACCAGGCAAGGAGGGUAUUAAUCAGAGAGGCAACAAAGAGACCAAAGAUAACCCUGAAGGAGCUGCAAAGCUCCACAGCGGAGAUUGGAGUAUCUGUCCAUAGGACCACUUUAAGCCAUACACUCCACAGAGCUGGGCUUUACGGAAGAGUGGCCAGGAAAAAGCCAUUGCUUAAAGAAAAAAAUAAGCAAACACGUUUGGUGUUCGCCAAAAUGCAUGUGGGAGACUCCCCAAACAUAUGGAAGAAGGUACUCUGGUCAGAUGAGACUAAAAUUGAGCUUUUUGGCCAUCAAGGAAAACGCUAUGUCUGGCGCAAACCCAACACCUCUCAUCACCCCAAGAACCCCAUCCCCACAGUGAAGCAUGGUGGUGGCAGCAUCAUGCUGUGGGGAUGUUUUUCAUCGGCAGGGACUGGGAAACUGGUCAGAAUUGAAGGAAUGAUGGAUGGCGCUAAAUACAGGGAAAUUCUUGAGGGAAACCUGUUUCAGUCUUCCAGAGAUUCCAGAGGUUCACCUUCCAGCAGGACAAUGACCCUAAGCAUACUGCUAAAGCAACACUCGAGUGGUUUAAGGGGAACAUUUAAAUGUCUUGGAAGGGCCUAGUCAAAGCCCAGACCUCAAUCCAAUUGAGAAUCUGUGGUAUGACUUAAAGAUUGCUGUACACCAGCGGAACCCAUCCAACUUGAAGGAGCUGGAGCAGUUUUGCCUUGAAGAAUGGGCAAAAAUCCCAGUGGCUAGAUGUGCCAAGCUUAUAGAGACAUACCCCAAGAGACUUGCAGCUGUAAUUGCUGCAAAAGGUGGCUCUACAAAGUAUUGAUAUUGGGGAGUGAAUAGUUAUGCACGCUCAAGGUUUCUGUUUUUUUGUCUUAUUUCUUGUUUGCUUCACAAGAAAAAACAUUUAGCAUCUUCAAAGUGGUAGGCAUGUUGUGUAAAUCAAAUGAUACAACCCCCCCAAAAAUCCAUUUUAAUUCCAGGUUGUAAGGCAACAACAUAGGAAAAAUGCCAAGGGGGGUGAAUACAUUCGCAAGCCACUGUAUGUGUUAAAUAACCCCUGUAAGGGUGGGCUUACUUAGGGAGACUUCAGACGAAAAUAUUUUUCAUUCAUUCAUUCAUCCCAGGCUACAGAGAAGCUGCAGGGACUGACCCAGGGCCAGAGGACUCUGAUUGUAGAGGCUAUGGACCAGGGUAGCCCAGCCCAGUCCUCUCUAGGGGUGGUGGUCAUCUACAUCAGAGAACAGACCUACAAGGGGAUCCGCUUCUCACGCCACGCUAGAGACAUCAGUCUGCAAGAGAACGCUGCCAAAGGUAGGAACAGGCGAUUUUUCUUUGAUUCAAAGAGUGUGAUACUAAGGUGUAUCUGUUUUGUUGUGAGACUGAGGUGUGUAUAAUGUAAGUAAGCAGUGUGAGACUGAGGUGUGUAUAAUGUAAGUAAUCAGUGUGAGACUGAGGUGUAUAUAAUGUAAGUAAUCAGUGUGAGACUGUUGUGUCGUCGGCAAACUUAAUGAUGGUGUUGGAGUCGUGCCUGGCCAUGCAGUCAUGGGUGAACAGGGAGUACAGGACUGAGCACGCACCCUUGAGGGGCCCCCGUGUUGAGGAUCAGCAUGGCAGAUGUGUUGUUAUCUACCCUUACCACCUGGAAGUCCAGGAUCCAGUUGCAGAGGGAGGUGUUUAGUCCCAGGGUCCUUAGCUUAGUGAUGAGCUUUGAGGGCACUAUGGUGUUGAACGCUGAGCUGUAGUCAAUGAAUAGCAUUCUCACAUAGGUGUUCCUCUUGUCCAGGUGGGAAAGGGCAGUGUGGAGUGCAAUAGAGAUUGCAUCAUCUGUGGAUCUGUUGGGGCGGUAUGCAAAUUGGAGUGGGUCUAGGGUUUCUGGGAUAAUGGUGUUGAUGUGAGCCAUGACCAGCCUUUCAAAGAACUUCAUGGCUACAGACGUGAGUGCUACGGGACGGUAGUCAUUUAGGCAGGUUAUCUUAGUGUUCUUGGGCACAGGGACUAUGGUGGUCUGCUUGAAACAUGUUGGUAUUACAGACUCAGUCAGGGACAUGUUGAAAAUGUCAGUGAAGACACUUGCCAGUUGGUCAGCGCAUGCUCAGAGUACACGUCCUGGUAAUCUGUCUGUAAUCCUUAAUCAGUUUGAGACUUAUGUGUGUGUAAUGUAAGUAAUCUGUGUGAGACUGAGGUGUGUAUAAUGUAAGUAAUCAGUGUGAGACUGAGGUGUGUAUAAUGUAAGUAAUCAGUGUGAGACUGAGGAGUGUAUAAUGUAAGUAUUGUGGAAAUUCUAACACAGGGACACUCAAAGUCAAUCUUAAAUGAAUAAUUGUUUAUUGUCAGCGUGCUGGAGAGGUUCCAACCAACUCAAUGCACCAUAGUACACAUGUCAAUCAGGAGCUCUGCCGGGGCAGUCCCAGCAGUUAUCUUAUAUACGGCUAUACACAGACAAGUUAUAUUUGCAUGAUUUAGCAUAAUUAAUUCAUCAUUAACGUUUUGUUUCAUUCAUGUGACCGACCAAUACUAGUUCAUAACAUGUGACAGACCAAUACCUCACGAGGCUUCUUCUCUCUAAGCUGAGACCUUGAAACUGAGAUAUAUUUCGUUGUCAAAACAAAGGUCUGGGCAUACUGCCAAAUUGCAGCUACUGAUAGUGAGGAUUCGUUCAGUCAGUCACUUGCAUGAACACAGGAAACGGUUAUUAGAAAAGCACGUGAAUAGAACACAGAAAUGAGUUAUUAGAAAAGCACAAACAUUAAACAUUUCCAGCACAUAAGUAAUACGUGUGAGACUGAGGUGUGUAUAAUGUAAGUAAUCAGUGUGAUAGUGAGGUGUGUAUAAUGUAAGUAAUCAGUGUGAUAGUGAGGUGUGUAUAAUGUAAGUAAUCAGUGUGAUAGUGAGGUGUGUAUAAUGUAAGUAAUCAGUGUGAUAGUGAGGUGUGUUGAGAACACAGUGUGAUAGUGAGGUGUGUUGAGAACACAGUGUGAUAGUGAGGUGUGUUGAGAACACAGUGUGAUAGUGAGGUGUGUUGAGAACACAGUGUGAUAGUGAGGUGUGUUGAGAACACAGUGUGAUAGUGAGGUGUGUUGAGAACACAGUGUGAUAGUGAGGUGUGUUGAGAACACAGUGUGAUAGUGAGGUGUGUGUUGUCCUCCUCCAGGUACCACUGUGGUGCAGACUCAGGCCCAGUACCCUGAUGGAUCCCGUAGUGGGAUCAGUUACAGCAUCUUCAGUGGCAACACAUUACACUCCUUUGGAAUCAGCUCCUCCACUGGUAAGCCGCUGGGCUGGGGAAUGAUAUAAAACCCAUUUUGACAAAAAGUACGUAAACACAUUUUUGUGAUUCACCGUAUGAAAAAGGUGUGUAAACAGCCUUUACACUCCACUACAUCCCUGAUUAAUAUCAUAAGGAAUAGGAGAAGGAUGAAUAUCCAUUGCCCAAUUGGUUCUCAGCCCCUUGUUAUUGUUCUAAAGUGGUGAGAUCUGUCCUUGUUAUUGUUCUAAAGAAUUGAGAUCUGUCCUAGUUAUUGUUCUAAAGUGGUGAGAUCUGUCCUAGUUAUUGUUCUAACCAGGUGAGAUCUGUCCUAGUUAUUGUUCUAACCAGGUGAGAUCUAUCCUUGUUAUUGUUCUAACCAGGUGAGAUCUGGGUACAGAGCUCCAUGGGGCUGGACUAUGAGGAGACCCCUAGACUCCGCCUAGUGGUGAAGGCUGAAACUGCAUCCUCCAGUUCCUUCAUGGCGGUCAACCUGAACCUGCAGGACGUCAAUGACAACCUGCCACGCUUCCAGCUUCAGAACUAUGUAGCCUACAUACGAGAGGCACAGGGAUAUAAUUUCCCUAUCAUACAGGUAGGUACACUAACGAGCGUGCACACACUCAUACACACCUGUAUUAUGCUUGGCUGUAGAUGGAGUGUGAGGUUGUGGGCUAGAAGAUGCUCUGCUCAGACAGUAGAGACGAUCUGGAUAGUUUCAGUGCUGCUGCGGUAGUUCUGAGAGGUGACUGUCUGUUCCUGUCCCUAUACUACAGUGUGUUUCCAACGUCCCUGUUGAGUAUAUAGACUCAGCUGUAUGCUGAAUGAAGCCAAGGCCAUUUAGAACCUUUUUUUAACUCUCUGUUCCAACAGUUCCAAGACCAAUAUCCAUCACCAGGUCCUGUUACUGUUCCACAGCUGUUGUACAUCUGUUAUUUGUUUUGAUUUAUUUCCUCUCUGACCAUGUGACUUCCUGUCUGUCCCCAGGUGUUGUCAGAUUAUUAUUAUUUUUGAUAUUUUUUUUGUAUUGCUUUCAAAAACAAAACAAAACAACAUUCAAAACAAUUAACAGCAGGGGAAGGGUGAACAACAGCCAAUGACAGCAAAAUCAGUUUCCUACACAAUAAAACUGAUUGGAAAUGGCUAACCAUAAACACAAGUACAUUUUGCUUUUAAGACAAAAGAAAACCAGUGAUAUCAGAAGACUGCUUUUUUUGUUUAGAUUUUCUUUCUGACCUCGGUCAUGUGAUUUCCUGUCUGUCCCAUGCAGGUGGUGGCUGAUGACCUGGACCAGGGCCAGAAUAGUCAGGUGACCUACAGCCUGCAGUCAUCGUCUCUCAGCGGCCUGUUCAAGAUCGACCCGCUGACCGGAAGCAUCACCACCGCCGCUAUCAUGGACCGAGAGAUCUGGACACAAACCAAGUGAGGGGCAGGGCCUUGGGAUGUGUGUGUGUGUGUGUGUGUGUGUGUGUGUGUGUGUGUGUGUGAAAGUAUGUGUAUGUGUGUGUUUGUUCACAAUCUGCCUGCCAUGUGGUUUCCCUCAGCGGGCUAACCUUUGUUUUCAGUCUAUAAAUACUCUCACUGUUCCUGUACUCUCUCUCUCUCUUUGUAUUGGAAACUAAAUAUCUGUCAUGCUCUGGGCUACAACAGGUUAUGAUGUAAGACAGCAGGAGAUGAAAGGUUAUGAAACCUGAAACAUAAAAGAUAAGAACCAAACUCCAACUGACAGUUUAUUUUUUCAUUUCCAUGGCACCAGGCUGGUUGUUACGGCGACGGACUGGGGCACGCCACGAUUGGCCGGCUCGGCGACCCUCACUGUGAUCAUCGUGGACCUCAAUGACAACAGUCCUACAAUCCCCCUGCCGUGCGAGAUCAGAGUACCAGAGAGUAAGUCAAUGAUCCACGGGUCUCAACCGCAGACCCGGGUUAAAAUAUUAUUUGAAUUUAUUUUAAAUACUUUAGCUGGGCUUCGCAAAAGUACAAACCCCGCCCAUCAGACACUUCAGGCAGGCUAAAGCAAACACUCAAAGUAUUUGAAUGAUUUGAAAUAGUAAUUGAACCCAACUAUGCUUAACUGACACCCUAUUCACUAUGUAGUGAACUACUUUUGACCAAGGGGUGUACAGUUGAAGUCUGAAGUUGACAUACUCUUAGGUUGGAGUCAUUAAAACUAGUUUUUCAACCACUCCACAUAUUUCUUUUUAACAAACUAUAGUUUUGGCAAGUCGGUUAGGACAUCUACUUUGUGCAUGACACAAGUAAUUUUUCCAACAAUUGUUUACAGACAGAUUAUUUAACUUAUAAUUCACUGUAUCACAAUUCCAGUGGGUCAGAAGUUUACAUACACUAAGUUGACUGUGCCUUUAAAAAGCUUGGAAGAUUCCAGAAAAUGAUGUCAUGGCUUUAGAAGCUUCUGAUAGGCUAAUUGACAUAAUUUGAGUCAAUUGGAGGUGUACCUGUGGAUGUAUUUCAAGGCCUACAGUGGCUUGCGAAAGUAUUCACCCCCCUUGGCAUCUUUCCUAUUUUGUUGCCAUACAACCUGGAAUUAAAAUUCAUUUUUGGGGGGUUUGUAUCAUUUGAUUUACACAACAUGCCUACCACUUUGAAGAUGCAAAAUAUUUUUUCUUGUGAAACAAAUCAUUGAGUUUAAAUGUAUUUGGCUAAGAUGUAUGUAAACUUCCGACUUCAACUGUAUGUAUCAAGUGUCUCAGACAUUUGAGACGCAGUCAAUUUAACAGUGAACCUUUAGUUCAGUGAUCUUAUCACUGAUCCUCACUCCUCUCUCUAGCAGCACUCAGCAGCUCUCACUGAUAAACUGACCCUUUUAUGAGUCGUUCUGAAGCCAAGUUCCCCUCUGUUCAUAUCCUGCUGUACAUCUGAAGUCUACAGUUUCCUGUAUAAAGUAUCCAAUUAAAAAAAAAAAAGAAAUCAGAAGUCUGCAAUAUAUUCAUAAAAAGCAACAUGAUGUAAUAAGAUAUGUUAUGAGGUGGGAGCUAGUUCUAGAGCUAUAGUGUUGUUCCCAUAUAUAACAAUCUCACAAGCCCUGUUUUUUCUCUCUCUCUCUCUCUCUCUCUCUCUCUCUCUCUCUCUCUCUCUCUCUCUCUCUCUCUCUCUCUCUCUCUCUCUCUCUCUCUCUCUCUCUCUCUCUCUCUCUAAUUCAAGGGGCUUUAUUGGCAUGGGAAACAUAUGUUUACAUUGCCAAAGCAAGUGAAAUAGAUAAUAAACAAAAGUGAAAUAAACAAUAAAAAAAAGUAUCUCCCUCAUUCUCUCUCCCUCCCCUCUCCCCUCCCCCCUCUCCCUCCAGACACUCUGAUUGGCUCGGUAAUAACCCAGGUGACAGGAAAUGACGUGGACUCAGGCCCCGCCCUGUCCUACACCCUCCACCUGGACCCGUCCUCCCAGGGCGUGUUUGGGAUCCACCGCUAUGGGGGCGGGGUGUCUCUGACCGCCCCUCUGGACUAUGAAGAUAGGACCUGGUACACGCUGACUGUCAGGGCUACUGACUCCAAACACCAGACUGAAGCUAACCUCACCAUACUGGUGGAGGAUGUCAAUGAUAACGCUCCUACGUUCACACAGGAUCUUUACCAGGUAGUCUAUCCUCUAACUGGCCUCCACUAACCUUGGAAAAUCUGCGUUUGUGAUGGCAGGAUGCAAUAAUGCCAUAAGAGACGAUGAGAACUUGAUCAGAUUUAGCUGCAUUUUUCUAUGUACAUGCAGAUCAAUAAUGAUGCCAUGUGUGUGUAUGUAUCUAUCUUCCUCAUUUAGUUUACUAACCCUGCCUGGUACCAUUAACCAUUAACCUGCCUGUCCAACAUGCCUCAAUUAUUCUGAAUACAUUUCUGAAUACACCCGGUCAUGUGUGUAUUUGUGUUUCCCAGGUGACUCUGGCAGAGCACUCCCCAGCUGGCAGUGCAGUUGUCACAGUGACAGCCACGGAUCGUGACUCUGGAGAGAACGGCCGUGUCACCUACAAAGUGAUGUCAUCAACCCGGGACAUCUUCUACAUCGACCCCAGCAAUGGUACCCUGUUCAUCACCCAGCAGGCAGAGUUUAACUCUGAGAACCCUUCUAUCCUGGUGGUAAUAGAGUCCAGAGACAUGGGAACACCAGCCCUCUCCUCCAUCGCUACUGUACAGGUCCAGGUGACUGACGUCAAUGACAAUGCACCCGUCUUCCACCAAUCAGAGUACAGAGCCACGGUUUCAGAGGACGGCCUUCCGGGCGCCACCAUCUUGACCCUGGAGGCAACCGACGGUGACGCGUCACGCGACAACUGCGGCUUUGACUUCACCAUAGCCAGCGGAAACGAAGGCAAUGCCUUCCAGAUCGAGAGCAGCGUGCGCUUCCUGGAAGGACGGGGCUUCCAGACAGUAGGCAGCCUGGUAUUGACCGGUGAGGGGUUGGACUUCGAGGCGGUGUCCAGUUACAACCUGACCGUGGUCGUGUCGGACCGCGGCGUGCCCCAGAGGAGCUCGGCUGUCUCUGCGCUGAUCAGUGUGACGGAUACUAACGACAACCCUCCGGCGUUCAGCAGGGCAGAGUACAGGUAAUUUGGUACUUUGUUGUUUGUUAAAUGUCCUUAAUUCCUCUAUUACAUGUGUUUGCACUGGGGAACCAAAUGUCAUGUUUUUUGUAAAAGUGAUUAAUAAAACCCCCUUGAACCCUGCAGUGUGGUGCUGAGUGAAGGAGCAGCCACAGGGACUGAGGUCCUUAGCCUGUCUGCAACAGACCCAGACUCCUCGGCCGUAGGGAAGGUGCAGUACCUGAUCAGCUCUGGGGAUGAGACGGGUAUGUUCCAGGUGGACCGCUGGACCGGAGCCCUGAGGCUGCAGAGACCACUGGACAGUGAGAGACAGGUACCAUGGCACUUUCUGGCUUGGGAUGUGCCCAAAAUGGCACCGUAUUUCCUAUAUAGUGCACUACUUUUUAAAGAGCCCUAUGGGCCCUGGUCAAAAGUAGUGCACUAUGUAGGAAAUAGUUUGACACUGAAAUAGAUGCAGACUUGGAUUGGUCAUUGGUUAUCCACCUGUUUGUAUAUUCUGCUGCUGACAAUUCAUUUCCCUUCAGCGAUAAAGAAAGUAUUAAUCUCUCUCUCUAUCUCUCCAUCUCUCUCUGUCCCCCUCUUUCCCUCUCUCUCUCUCUCUCUACACCCCCCUCUCUCUGCUCUCUCUAUCUCCCCCUCUCCCUCUCCCUCCUACUAGGCAUCCUAUGUGAUCAUUGUGCAGGCGUCAGAUGGACAGGGUCACUAUGCACUGGCUCCAGUCACUGUGGAGGUGAAGGACAUUAAUGACAACAGACCUUACUUCCCUCUGCCCGUCCUCACCGCCAGCGUCAGAGAGAACCAGCCUCACAACGCCCUUGUCACCAUGCUGCACGCCAUCGACCAGGACACGGGAGUCUUCGGACAGCUGAGGUACUACAUGUUGGACAAGACUGGAGAGGGGAAAGACGCCUUCCUGGUCAACCAGAUGUCAGGCGAGGUCCGGACUCGCUCCACCUUCGACUUUGAGAAGGUCAACUUGUUCAACUUUGUAGCUCUGGCCAUGGAUGCAGGGAACUACUCUGCCACGGUGACCGUCCAGGUGUACGUGACGGGGGAGGAUGAGUACGACCCUGUGUUUUCCGACUCAGAGUUCUCCUUCCUGGUUCCUGAGGGGGCAAAGAAGGGCCAGAGCAUCGGUCAGGUGACAGCCAGAGACGAGGACGAGGGGGUGGACGGGAUUGUUCUGUACUCCCUAGCUGACCCCUCGCCCUACUUCCAGGUCAAUGCAUCGACGGGCGUGGUUUCCCUGAAGAUGGACAGCCACGUCCGACACCUGGGCAGGUCCAAGAGGGAGGUCCGUGUGAUGACCCUUGACCUGAAGGCCCACAGCCCUUUGGAGACGUCCCGUGUGGCCCCCCCCGCCCACCUUGCGGACACACACCUCCUUUGGGUGGGGUCGGACUGAACCUGCUGCUGGUCAGCGUGUUCGCUGUGUCCCUGGGAGCCAUCCUCAUUGAUUUCAUGAUGGCUCGUUUGUGUGAUGGGGCGAGACGUCAGAGGGAAAGGGGGCAGGUGCUGGACCUCCAGCUCUCCCGGCCCCCGGACCAUGCUAAAAAACAGAGGAGACUAAAGUCAUGGGACCCCCGGAACGACCCCAUCUACAACCCCGGCCUUACCCUUCUUCCCCCGGGAUUUUGGGGGGGUCCCCCCCUCCAUCCUCCCAUCCAGCCCCUUCACCCAACCGGGGGGGGGUUUAAAACCUUUCCCCCCCCAUACCCCUUUUCCCCAUUUUUCUCCAAAAACUUCCCGGGGCCAACUUUAUCCCCGGGCGCCCCCAAUUUUUUUCUCCCUUCCCCCCCCUCCCCAACCCUUUUCAAGGCCAAAACGGAGUUGGGGAAUCCCGGGGGGCCGGUCCACUUCAGGGGGGAGGAGGAGGCGGGGGAGGAGGGGGAUUAA